CCCCCUCCCCUUCCCCCCCGAGCUCGCCGGCGUACAUGGUGCGCGGUGCCGCUUCCUCCUCGCCAGGAGUUGCUCUCACUUGUCGGGCAGCAAAAUGUGGCCGGGCUUAGUGGCGACACUUUGGUUGUGUUUGUGUUGGCGCGGAGACUCGAUGGCCGGCUUUCCCAACCAAAUCAACAUCGGUGGGCUCUUCAUGCGUUCCACGGUCCAGGAGCACAGCGCCUUCAGGUUUGCGGUGCAGCUGUACAACACCAACCAGAACGCCACGGAGAAACCCUUCCACCUCAACUACAACGUCGACAACCUGGAGUCGUCCAACAGCUUCUCUGUCACGCAUGCCUUCUGCUCUCAGUUCUCCCGAGGGGUCUACGCCAUCUUCGGCUUCUACGACAGGAAGUCCGUGAACACGCUGACCUCCUUCUGCGGGGCGCUGCACACCUCCUUCAUCACGCCCAGCUUCCCCAUCGACGCCGACGCGCAGUUCGUCAUCCAGAUGAGGCCCGGCUUGCGGGGCGCCCUUCUCAGUCUGCUGGACCACUACAAGUGGGAGAAGUUUGUCUACCUUUACGACACCGAGAGAGGUUUUGCCAUCCUCCAGGCCAUCAUGGAGUCGGCCGUGGCUAACAACUGGCAGGUGACGGCUCGCUCGGUGGGGAACGUCGCCGACCCCGCCGAGUAUCGACGCGUCAUCGAGGAGAUGGACCGCCGGCAGGAGAAACGCUUCCUGGUCGACUGCGAGGUCAACAGGAUCAACUCCGUUCUAGAGCAGGUGGUGAUUGCGGGCAAAAACACCAGAGGAUACCACUAUAUCCUUGCCAACCUGGGUUUUCCCAACAUGAGCUUGGACAGAGUCUUGUCCGGCGGAGCCAACAUCACAGGCUUCCAGAUCAUCAACCCGGACAGCGCCAUCGUGCAGCAGUUCCUCCAACGCUGGGAGCGUCUCGAUGAAAGAGAAUUUCCAGAAGCUAAAAACACUCCGCUGAAGUACACAUCAGCGCUGACCCAUGACGCCGUCCUCAUCAUCUCUGAGGCCUUCCGCUACCUUCGGCGCCAGCGCGUGGACGUUUCCCGCAGGGGGAGCGCAGGCGACUGCCUGGCUAAUCCCGCCGUGCCCUGGAGUCAAGGCAUCGACAUCGAGAGAGCUCUGAAAAUGGUGCAAGUUCAAGGCAUGACCGGAAACAUCCAGUUUGACACGUUCGGGCGAAGAGCUAACUACACGAUCGACGUGUACGAAAUGAAGUCAGGAGGGCCCAGGAAGAUCGGCUACUGGAAUGAAUACGAAAAAUUUGUUUUUAUAAUGGAUCAGCAGGUCACCAACGAGUCGUCUUCUGUGGAAAACCGAACAAUUGUGGUCACUACUAUUAUGGAAGCGCCGUACGUGAUGUACAAGAAAAACUAUAUGCAGCUGGACGGGAAUGACAGAUAUGAAGGCUACUGUGUCGAUUUAGCGUCUGAAAUUGCAAAGCAUGUGGGCAUAAGAUAUAAGCUGUCGGUAGUUCCGGAUGGGAAAUACGGAGCCCGAGAUCCCGAGACCAAGACGUGGAACGGGAUGGUGGGUGAACUGGUUUACGGGAGAGCCGACAUAGCCGUGGCUCCUCUCACGAUAACGUUGGUACGAGAAGAAGUGAUAGACUUCUCCAAGCCCUUCAUGAGCUUGGGCAUCUCCAUCAUGAUCAAGAAGCCCCAAAAGUCCAAGCCCGGGGUCUUUUCCUUCCUGGAUCCGCUGGCCUACGAGAUUUGGAUGUGCAUCGUGUUCGCCUAUAUCGGCGUGAGCGUGGUGCUCUUCCUGGUGAGCCGCUUCAGUCCUUACGAGUGGCACCUGGACGAGAACGACGAGGCCAAAGACCCUCAGAGCCCCCCCGACCCGCCCAACGACUUUGGCAUUUUUAAUAGCCUGUGGUUCUCGCUGGGUGCCUUCAUGCAGCAAGGAUGCGAUAUCUCGCCAAGGUCGCUGUCAGGUCGCAUCGUCGGAGGGGUGUGGUGGUUCUUCACCCUCAUCAUCAUCUCCUCCUACACGGCCAACCUGGCGGCCUUCCUCACCGUGGAGAGGAUGGUUUCGCCCAUCGAGAGCGCCGAGGACCUGGCCAAGCAGACCGAGAUCGCAUACGGGACGUUAGACUCCGGCUCCACCAAGGAGUUCUUCAGGCGCUCCAAAAUAGCCGUUUAUGAGAAAAUGUGGUCGUACAUGAAAUCGGCGGAACCGUCGGUGUUCGCCAAGACGACACCCGACGGGGUCUCCCGGGUACGAAAGUCGAAGGGCAAGUUCGCCUUUCUCCUGGAGUCCACCAUGAACGAGUACAUAGAGCAACGCAAGCCGUGCGACACCAUGAAAGUGGGCGGCAACCUCGACUCCAAAGGCUACGGCGUGGCCACGCCCAAAGGCUCCGCAUUAAGAAAUGCUGUUAACCUGGCAGUGUUAAAACUGAAUGAGCAAGGCCUCUUGGACAAAUUGAAAAACAAAUGGUGGUACGACAAAGGAGAGUGCGGCAGCGGGGGAGGUGACUCUAAGAACUCCAGUAAACCUCGCAGUAUUGAAACUCAGUGAACAAGGCAUCUUAGACAAGCUGAAAAACAAAUGGUGGUACGAUAAAGGUGAAUGCGGAACCAAGGACUCGGGAAGUAAGGUCAGUCGCUGCAGGUCUUUUUAUACUGAUUGCCAGAAACUGCAUUGUGGCCGAGUUGUUCGUAUGCAUCUCUUGACAUCCUAGCUGCACCUGCAACAUUUGUACAGCUACCUCACCUCACACAUAGUUACUGGAUGAUCAUGGUUCAUGCAUGUAGAAGUUUACCGUUUUGAAUUUUGAAGUUGCAGCAUGAUCACACGCAGCUUUUUCAACUCAUGCCAUCAAGCAACGUUUGAAUGAAACCAUCCUGCUGCUAUUUAAUCAUCCAGGCUGCUAUUGAAAUGGAAUUUAUCGGGGUUUACAUUUGCAAACUCACGUUUACCAGCUUGUUUUCUCACUUCCUGACAAAAUCCCAGCUGACUUUUAAAUACCACUUGGACCUAGGAGGGGGUGUCUUAAAAGUCAAGCUUCUCCCGGGAUUGUCUCAGUGAGAAACAAUCAUAACAAGAGUAGUAAUAAACCAGCGAGAAACAGCUCAAAUGUGUAUUAGCAAUGUAAUAACAUAGUAGUAAACCAAUGGGCUCAUAUGUUCUCCCAUUUAUUAAUGAAAUUGUCGUGUCGCCGAUAAUAUUUGUAAUAACAAUGUAAUAAGGUCAUAAUAAGCAAAGGAGCUUGUGUUUGACCAUUUAUUAAUGAAAUUGUCGUCUGGCAGUUCAUAGUUGUAAUAAUAAUGUAAUAAGGUAGUAAUAAGUACUGAGCUCAUAUUUUCUCACACUGAUGAAAUAAUCAUGCCACAGCUAUAGUUGUAACAAUGUCGUAAUAAGUAAGUGCCAUAUUUGUAUGAUUAACAUUGCAAAUGAGGAAACUCAUAAAUUGCGUUCAAUAUUAUUGUUUGGCGUUUAAUAGCAGCAAAAUGGCAACGAGAGUAAGUUGGAGGUAGUUAAAUGAGGGUUUAAUGCGUAGACCUGUACGACCACGACCGCCUUCCUUUUAGAAUCGAGUAGCAGCCGUUAAGACUGAUCUGCAUUCACCUUCGUAGUCGUCGUUGGUUAAUAACUCCAACUGGCCUCCUGACGGGGGUUUAUUUAGAAAACAUGUAGUCAGAGUUGUGCAGGAUAUGAUGUAAUGCUUUGCAGCUACACUGCGCCAGUUCCCAAAAAGCUUCAAUGGUGGUCUUUACCUCCCCCAGGACAAGACAAGUGCACUAAGCCUGAGCAAUGUGGCAGGGGUCUUCUAUAUUCUGGUGGGGGGGCUGGGCCUGGCUAUGACUGUGGCGCUCAUAG